AUUUAUUUACAAAUAAUAAUAGAUAUUUUAUAUUAAAAAAAAAAUGUCACAACCAUGCAAUUCAAUUUUAGUUAUUGGCGGUACUGGUAAUACUGGUAGAAAUGUAGUAAAGUUUUUAGAAAAGAAAUCCCCAAAUACAUGUAUCAAAGUUGCCUCAAGAGAUGAAAAGAAAUUCAAAUCUCUUGGUUUUGGUAAAAAUACCAAAUUCCAAAAAUUCGAGUUUAGCGAUCCAAAAACUUGGGAUGCUGCUCUUGAAGGUGUAGAUCGUGUUUUCUUAAUGGCAUUACCAUUAGAUCCACACCCAGAAAACAAUUGUGGUAGAUUUAUUGAUAAGUGUAAAGAAAGAAUGGUAAGAAAAAUCUGUUUCUUAUCCGUAAUUAAUGCUGAAAGAUUCCCAUUAAUUAAAAUUGAAUCAAUGCUUAAAAAUUCAGGAAUGAUUUAUUGUAUCCUUCGUCCACCAUUCUUUAUGGAAAAUUUAAGUGAAGGUUUUAUGAAAGAUGGCAUCAAAGAUGGUAAUUUAGUUGCACCAGUCGGCCAACAUGCUGUAUCAUGGAUUUCAACCAGAGAUAUUGGUGAAUGUGCUGCCAACAUGUUACUUGAAGAUAAGUUUAAUGGUCAAAUUCUCGAGAUUACCGGGCCAGCUCCAAUCAAUUUUACUCAAUUGUGUGAUGUAUUAUCAAAACAACUAGGUAGACCAAUCAAAUUUACUGAUGCAAGACCAGAUGAAUUCCAUAAAAAUUGUCUUAAGGGCGGACUUCCAGAAGGCUCAACUCAAUAUUUAUCAGAUCUCUACCUCGCAGUUCGUGAUGAUAAGGCAAAUCGUGUAUCAAAGAGUGUUCAUCAAAUUACUGGACACGAACCAAUGGCAUUUGAAACCUUUGUUUCUGAAGCUUUUUCAAAAACCUCAAAACCAGGAAUGUAAAAUUUAUUAUUUUAUAUUUUCAAAUUAAGAUAAUAAUUUAAUUUUAAAUUAAAAAAUAAAAUAUAAUCUUUAAUCAAUAAAAUAAAAAAAAAAAAUGAUUACUAUUAUU